AUGACAAAAUCAGAAAUUCAAGCUAAUGAAGAGAAAAAAGCAAGAAAGAGUAGCAGUUCUUCUGAAAUUAUUUUUGAUGACAAAGUGCAGAAACUUCAACAAUUAAUUGCCAAUUUGGGAAUCGAAAUGCAUCCUAUGAUGAAUGAAAAAAAUGACUGUUGUGAUAAUGAAUUAGAAUUAAGAGAAGAAAAUUAUUUUGGACGACUUUCUGAAAUUUUCAUCGAAAAGAGAUUACUCAAAAAAUCAGGUGAUUAUAUGAUUUCUCGUACACACAAUGAUAAUUUCCGCUUUUCAUUAAUGUCUGAAAAUUAUCAAAUAUAUCAUUUAUCAAUUAUCAAAUUUGAUGGAAUAUACAGUUUUGAAAAUGCCAUCUAUCCAUUAGCUACUUCUUUAGCUGGAUUAAUUCACAAAUGUAUUCAAAGUCCUAUGAAUAUCUUAUCAGCAAUAUUACAAACAAACGUAAUAUUACGUCAUUUUAUCAAUCCAAAUAUCAAUGAUAAGAGUGAUUAUAAUAUAAUUGGAUUAUUCCUAAAUGAAAAUGAUAUUAUCAAAAAAGAUAAUCUUAUUGCAAGAGGAAAAAUUGCUGAUUGUUUUGUUGGUAGAUUAUUUACAAGAAACAAAUGUGAACAAGUGAUAAUUAAAAUAAUGCAUAAAUACAAUCAUAAUGAACUCAAUAAAAUUUGUCAGGAGUUGCAUAUUUCAAAUGUAUUACGACGAUUCACAGCCAUUGAAUCGAUUGUAGCGGCGCAAUGUGUACAAAUAUUUCAAUCACCGUAUAUGAUCAUUUAUCCAUUCAUGAACUGUGGCUCAUAUCAAAAUUUUGCGCAGCGUAUGGGACAAAGUCUUAGUUUUAAAAAUAAGAUAGAAGCAGCACAGACAAUUGCGCAUGCUUUAUCUGAUAUGCAUUUUCUGGGAUUAUUGCAUUGUAACAUUGGAGCUAGAAAUAUAUUUGUAAGAAAAGAACUAAUUACUAGUUCAAAGGUCAAGAGUUAUUCGUCAUCAUAUUGCUAUAAAUAUUAUUUGGGUGACUUUCGUGACUCUCAUAUUGGAAAAAUCAAAGAAGUAAAACCUAAAAAAUUGAGAAAUAUUCGUUGGCUUGCACCGGAAGUAUUUAAAACGAAACAAUUAACAGAAUGUACCGAUGUGUUUGCAUUUGGCAUUACACUUUAUGAAAUUUUCACCGGAAAUUUACCGUAUUUCUCGAUGAGUGUGGAAGAGAUACAAAGUAAACUGAUAGCUGGACAUAGAAUACGACCUGAAAUACGUGAUAUUAAAUUACCUCGAAAUGUACUGAAAUUAAUGAGACGUUGUUGGCGUACGGACGUAAGUGAACGACCAACAAUGAAUGGUAUUUGGCUAGAAUUAAGAGCAAUUAGAAAUAGUUUAAUUUUUAAACAACAAUAUGCUAAAUUUAAUUUUCAGCAAAAAACAAUUUAA